AAAAAAGAUAAAAGCAAUUAGAUACAGUAACAUUACUGCAAUAAAAUAGAACAUCGGAAAAUUUGCAUUUUCACAGUUUCCGAUUCCAAAACACGGUGAAGAAGAAAAAACGAGAAAAAAAUGGCUCUAAUCCCAAGACCCUUCGCCGCCACCCGAUCCCGACUCAGGGACUUCCUCCUCCUCCUCUCCGCCCUUCUCUCCGCUGCCCUCCUCCUCUCCCUCCACCACCUCAACCACCCCCCCACCGCCGCCUUCUCCGCUGCCGACCCCUCCUCCUCCUUAUCCUCCCUCGCCCCGCCGCUCUCCCCCGAUCAAAUCCUCUUAGCCGUCGCCUCCUCUGCCGCCUCCCUCCCUGCCCGCGCCCCUUACAUCCGCCUCUGGCGCCGCCCCAUCGCCCACCUCAACACCACCUUCCUCUUCCUGGACCGCGCCGCCCCCGAUCCGCCCCACUCCCUCCCCCCGAUCGUCGUCCCGCCCGGCGCCGCGUCCCUCGCCGCCGGCUUCCGCAUCGCGCGCGUCGUCCGGGACGCCGUCGCCCUCGAUGUGCCCGGAAUCCACUGGUACGUCUUCGGAGACGACGACACCCUGUUUUUCCCCGAGAAUCUUGUGAGGAUUUUGUCCAAAUACGACCACAAUAGGUGGCACUACAUUGGGUGUGGCUCUGAGAGCUACGAGCAGAAUGAAAAAUUCUAUUUUGAUAUGGCGUUUGGGGGCGGAGGGUACGCCAUUAGCGCACCCCUUGCUCGGGUUUUGGCUCGGGUGCUCGAUUCUUGCCUCGCAAGGUACCCUCAUUUGUACGGAAGCGAUGCUCGGGUGUUUGCUUGCAUGGCCGAGCUCGGUGUCCGGCUGACAGUCGAGCCCGGGUUCCAUCAGGUUGAUAUUCGGGGAAAUUUAUUUGGAUUUCUUUCUGCUCAUCCGUUAUCACUAGUGGCCUCACUGCAUCACAUAGAUGCAGUCGAACCCAUCUUUCCCGGUAUGACCAGAAUUCAAGCUUUGGAACAUCUUUUCAAUGCUGUUCACGUUGACCCACCUAGGAUUUUACAACAAACUGUUUGCUAUGACAAACGCAAUUCAUUAACGGUUUCAAUCUCUUGGGGCUAUGCCGUUCAAGUUUAUGAAGGAAAUCAGCUUCUUCCUGAUGUUCUCUUGCCUCAGAGGUCUUUCAGGCCAUGGAAACGAGGGAAAAACGCCCCUUCAAUAACCCGUUAUAUGUUUAAAAUAAGAGAUUAUCCAAGUGAUCCAUGCGAAAAGCCUGUUAUUUUCUUUCUGCAUACAGUUGCUGCUAAUACAACUGGUGUCGGGACCAAAUAUGUUAGACAUGAUAAAGCUGGAAAUUGUCCUAGAACAAAAGCUGUUGAGAAACUGAAAAGGGUCAGUGUUUUCUCACGCAGUCUUGAGUACGAUGUUGAACAGAUGAAGGAACUUCGCCGGCCUUGCUGUGAUAUUACGUCAUCUUCUGAUGAAACGAUGACUGUCCAAAUUAGGAAAUGUGGGAUCUAUGAACUCGUUGCUAUGCAGAAUAAAAUUUGAUCUUUGAAUAAUGAGUGUGUUAUAUAUCUCAUUGGAUUCAAUAUCGUGGAUCCUCUUGACUGACAAGAUAGGUUUUCCAUGAUACGCAAACCUACUAUUAUUGGACUGCUGAUCGAGGCUGUUGAGCUGCCACAAACAAUUCUACAAGUAAGUUUAUUGCCAAGGACACGAAGUCCGAUGAUUUUCGCUCAGCUGGCACGAACCAACGUACUUUCGGCUGAAAAAUCCCGAGCAUGCUUUCGGACCAACAACAGUAUAUGCAAAAUUUAGAACAGAAAAUGAAUGCCUACUUCAUGGACCAUUACAACUUGUUGCUGGUUUUGGAAUUGAUUUUGAUGUUCUUCUGUGGUGCAGUUUUGUAAGACCCAACAAACAAAUGUAUGGGUUUAUUUUCUAAUUUUAGAAGUCAACAGAUUUCUUGUAUACACUAAACCCGGGGGUUGUUCUUGCAAUUAUCCCUAUUAUAUUUAGUUGGAUUUUUCUAUAA